AUGUAUGAAGGCAAACACAUACAUUUCUCAGAGGUGGACAAUAAGCCGUUGUGCUCAUACAGCCCAAAGCUCUGCAAGCAGCGCAGACUCAAUGGCUACGCUUUCUGCAUUCGGCAUGUUUUGGAAGACAAGACCGCCCCCUUCAAACAGUGUGAAUAUGUGGCCAAGUAUAACAGUCAGCGGUGUACCAACCCCAUCCCUAAGUCAGAGGAUCGCAGGUACUGUAACAGCCACCUGCAGGUCCUCGGCUUCAUCCCAAAGAAGGAACGGAAGAAGAAACACGAUGCUCUGGAGGAAAUGCGUUCGCGGGCCCACCUGGAGUCGGUGGCUCUGAACAUAACACUGCCCUCCUUACCUUUACCCUUGGCUUCCAACGGUCUGAACGAACUUCCGCCAUCGCCACCCUGUUCGCGUCUACUAGCCCUUCCCGACGGGGAACUCCUGGAUCCAUUUACCUUUUACGAGGAUGAUACGGACGGGGAGGAGAUUGGUCCUCUUCGUAAAAGCAACGCCAUCAAGAAGAAGUUGCAGAGUCGGCUGGUGCUGAACCAGAAAAUCUGCCGGGACGUAGACCCUUUCCAGACACCUUCUGAGCACUUUAGUCCCACCCCUGUGCCCCGUGUGCACCCCUCCUCUCCGCUCAACACGCACGCCCCACGGCAGCAGUCAGGUCUUAUCCAGCCACCCCCUCAGCAGGGUCUAUUAUGCAAUCCAGCACCACCUCAGACAGUCAACUACUUGCCUCCUGGGACACCCGUUAAUGCAACACCCAGUCCCGCGCAGCCAUCGGGGCCGUCGCUCAGCAGGAAAACACCUUUUGCUUCCAAUCACGUGGUGGUCAUGCGGCCCACCUCCUACUCGUCGUCGGCCCGCUGCCUAGCCAGGUUGCAGCAUUUAGUACAGCUUUGUGCUAAGAGACACCAGGAAUACGGAGACUUCUUUCCUCAUUUAGGACUGGACUGGUCGGAGGACAGUGCUGACAAUGACGAUGAUGAUGAAGAAGACGAAGCAGAAAGAUUUAUUCCAGGCUUGAGCAGUUGGAGACCACAGAACGGGUCGGAGGACGACACGGGCUCCUCGCGAAGUACGCGAUUGCUGAGACUUUGCUCAUACUUGCAGCAGAAGUACAAGCACAUGUGUAGGCAGGAGAGGGCGAGUAUCCGCCAGAAAAGGUACCGCUACGCUUUCCGCAAAGCGUUGGUGCACGCUGCCAGUAAAGAUCCAGACUGUGCUGGGCAGCUUGUCCAGGAGAUGCGUGGUGCCUCUCAAAGCCCCUCAAGCGCUGGUUCAGGGCGUCACCACGGUGGGGCAACUGCAAGACUCCACAACAUGGAUCCAGGCACGUGUACAGGCAGCACAAAAGGCCAGGCCUGCGACAACCGAGCGCUGCCCUUCACUAAACAUUGUUUUCAGCACAUUCUGUUGAAUCGCUCACAGCAGCUGUUUGCAAGCUGCACCGCAAAGUUUGCAGACGGUCAACAGUGCUCCGUUCCCGUGUUUGAUAUCACGCAUCAGACGCCACUCUGUGAAGAGCAUGCCAAAAAGAUGGAUAACUUCCUACGUGGGGACGGCAAUCGGCGAGUGCAACAACACCAUCACCAACACCACCACCAUCACCACCACCAGCAACAGCACCAGCGUAAGCCACGCAAAAAGACCAAACCACCGGCGCUCACCAAAAAACACAAGAAGAAGAGGAAAUUGCCACGGCGGCCUCAGAAACCCAUUCCUCCCGCGCUGCCUCAGAGCUACCUGGGACUGCCGACAAUGAGCCUCGGCGUCUCUACACAGGCCAGCAUCAGGAGCCCAUCGACUCCAGAAUUGAGUACAGAUGAACUUCCUGACGAUAUCACCAAUGAAAUGGAAGACAUUCCGAAUGACCUCGAGCUAAACCAGGAGGAUUUUUCUGAUGUUCUACCCAGACUACCUGAUGAUCUUCAGGAUUUCGACUUGUUUGAAGGCAAGAACGGGGAGUUGCUGCCCACCACAGAAGAGGCGGAGGAGCUGGUGCGCGCCUUGCAGGCCAUGGGGUCCUACCCGGACUCCUUGGUAUGUCUGACCUCCAUAGGAGACCUCGCCCCCUCAGAAGGAGUGGACCACCGAGCCAUGACGGUCUUUUCCGGCGCGGUCCAACCGGGGGGCAUGGCAGACAUCCUUCACAGUCGCCUCCCGACGGACAACUUUCCAAGCCUGGAACUAGAGGACAACAUACUGCAGUCCACGGCGGGCCACUUCCCUCCAUCGUCGCCAUCUCAGCCCACGGACCUUCCCCAAACGUUACCUGCCUCCUCUGCGGCACCUCUCGCUCAGGCCCCCGAGCGGACGUUCACCUGCACGCGCCCACCUCACAUCCUGGCCAAGUCGGAGGCGGCCACAGCAUCUCCGUACAGCGACCAAAUCCCCUCCUCACCCCAAGACAGCCCCUUCCAGACAGACGCCCCUCUGCUGCUGGAACCCCCGCGUUCGUCGUGGAACAACCUCCCCCUCGCCGACCCGGCGCAGUUCGGUAAUCUCAUGGCGGCAGAGAGUCAUCUCAUAUCAACAUCGCUGUCCACCCCUCCGGCCGGCGCCCACGGCGUCAACUCUGUGACGCUGCAGCCUCUGGCCGCGCCCCUAGGACCUCUUUCCUCAUCCCCGCACGAUUCCCUGACCUCCCUUCAGCCCAAGCAGCAGCUCCCGCAGUUCAGCGCCGCCUUCGGCCACCAGCUGGCCUCGCACAGCGGCAUUCCUAACGACCUGCAGCCCAGCCACAGUUCCACGGCGCCACCCGCCGGCUUCUCCAUCGUUAGUGCCACCACUGCAAGUGCCAAUAGCGCCUCCACCCCUUUCACGCAGAGUAACUAA